CACCUGAGGCUCCGCCUCCAGCUAAGGCCCUCCCAUCGUUACGGCGACGCAGCGAAUCCCGAGGAUAUGAGUUUGUUAAAGUCGGCGAAGGAACCACAGACGCUCUGGACUCUGGAGGAGCUGAAUGUUCUGCAGCUGAGGGAAGAUGAGCAAGAAGGGGAACAAGAUUGCUGUCCCACUAUCUGAGGAGUUGGUCCUGCGAGCGCUGAAGGACCUGGGAGACAAUGAGUUGAAAGAGUUUAAAUGGUAUUUGCAGAAGCCUGAAACUUUGGGAGGCUUCCCAAUAAUCCCAAAGAGCAAAAUCGAUAAAGCGGAUCGGACCGACAUGGUGGAUCAGAUGCUACAGACCUACUGUGAAAGCACUCUGCAGGUGACCAAAAAGAUCUUAAAGAAGCUUGACCGUAACGACCUGGUGCAAGGUCUGGUUGGCCAAAACGGGGAGGAGGUUUCUGAGGAUUUUGCAGAGUGCCAGCAAAAUCUCAAGUCCAGACUUUUAAGAGAGCUUAUGGGUUCAGUGGAAAAAACCCAGAAGGGCCGAAAAUCUAAAGCGAAAGAGGAAAUCUACAUAGAAAUGAACUUGGCAGUAAAGGAGAACAAAGAGUUCAGCUCAGAACAGGGAAUCAGGUACAUCGAAUCCGCAUCCAGAAAACUAACCAAGGUAGAAAAAACUCUUGGUUACGACUCCAUCUUCAGAGAUCGGCUUGGAGAAAACAAAACAGUGAGAACGGUGCUGACCAUUGGAGUCGCUGGCAUUGGAAAAACCGCUCUGACGCAGAAGUUCACACUCAACUGGGCUGAAGAAAAAACCAACAAUGAAUUCCAUUUCAUAUUUCCCUUCAGCUUCAAGGCACUGAGUGCUAUGAAGAAAUCCCUCAGUUUGGUUGAGCUUAUCCAUCAUUUCUUUGCCGAAACAAAAGAAGCAGAAAUCUCUAAGUUUGGUGAAUUUAAGGUUAUUUUCAUCCUUGAUGGUCUGGAUGAGAGCCGACUUCCGCUGGACUUCCGUCUUAGCAAAAAAGUGAGUGACAUUAAGGAGAAGGCUUCAGUGGACGUAUUGGUGACUAAUAUCAUCAAGGGAAACCUGCUACCCAAUGCCCACAUCUGGAUAACCUCACGACCUGCGGCUGCCAGUCAAAUCCCUGCUGAAUGUAUCGACUUGGUGACCGAAGUCACCGGGUUCAACCAGGCCCAGAAGCUGCUGUACUUCAGGAAGAAAUGUGGAGACCAAAACAUUCACAGCAAAAUCAUACCGUAUGUCAGCGCCUCCCAAAGCCUCAACACCUUGUGCCAAAUGCCAAUCUGCUGUUGGAUCACCGCUACAGUUCUAGAAGACCUGCUGAAACACAAAGAGAAAGAAGAACUCCCAAAGACCGUUACUGAGCUCUACAUCAACUUCCUGCAGGUCCAGUUCAGACAGAAGGCAGUGACAGAGGCAGAGAUACAGUGGAACCAGUCCAGCAAGGAUAAGAUCCUGACUCUGGGAAAACUGGCCUUUGAGCAACUGCAAAAAGGCAACCUUGUAUUUUAUGACUCCGAGCUUAAAGGGUCUGGCAUCACUACCAAGUCAGUGUCGGUAUACACAGGCAUAUUUCCAGAGAUCUUUAAAGACGAGGAUGUCAGUGACCAGGCCAAGGUGUGCUGCUUCACCCAUCUGAGUGUCCAGGAGUUCCUUGCUGCUCUGUAUGUUCAUCUCACCUUCACCAACACGCAGGUCAACGUCCUCGAUGAAGCACAGUCCUCUUGGAUGGGUGUCCUAGGGAGGCGUAAAUCGAAUCCCCAUCAAACUGCAGUGGACAAAGCUUUGCAAAGUCCAAACGGAGAACUUGACAUGUUUCUACGUUUUCUCAUGGGCCUACUGCUGCCAUCCAGUCAGAGUCUGUUAAAGGGCCUGGUGAAAAAACCCGAAAACGACACCAAGGCCAUCGAGGACGCCAUCAAAUAUAUCAAGGAGAAGCUUGACAAUGAUCUCUCUACAGAACAUAGCAUCAAUCUGCUGCACUGUCUUAAUGAACUUAAUGAUAAUUCACUGGUGGAGGAGAUCCAAAGGUUCAUGGCUUCAGGACGUCUUACUGUGGACUGUUUGUCUAGCAGUCAUUGGGCUGCCCUGGUCUUUAUCUUACUGUCACAAAAUGAAAUCGAUAUGUUUGACCUGAAGAACUACACCUCUUCAGAGGAAGCCUUCAUGCGGCUGAUUCCAGUGGCCCGAAAUGCAAAGAGAGCUUGUUUGAGUGCGUGCGAGCUGUCAGAGAGAGGUAUCAGUGCUCUGAACGGGAUCCUCAGCUCCCAGAACUCCAUCCUCAAAGAGCUGGACCUGAGCUACAACAACCUGGGCGACGGUGGAAUCCGGCAGCUGGCAGAGGGACUGGAAAGUCCAAACUGUUCCCUUGAAGUUCUCAGGCUGAGCGGCUGCAGCUUGACAUGGAAAGCUUGUGAUACUCUGGCCUCAGUCAUCAGCUCCCAGUCCAGGCUGAAAGUUCUGGAUAUAAGCAACAACGAUCUGCAUAAUGAAGGAUUGGAGAGCCUGUGUGCCGGGCUGGAGAAUCAGCUCUGUAAACUGGAAUGUCUGAGUCUUUCUGGCUGCCAGAUCACAGAGGAAGGCUGCCACAGUCUGGUCACCGCUCUCCAAGCCAACCCGUUCCACCUGAGAGAGCUGGACCUGAGCUACAACCAUCCUGGAAAGGAAGGAGUUCAGCUGCUGUCCGGUGGAGUCAAGCACAAGGAGUGCAGACUCCAAAAACUCCAAGUGGAGGACUGUGGAGAACAGAGGCUGCAGGCGGGUCUGAAGAAAUAUGCUUGUCAGCUGGAACUGGAUCCGAAUACGGCGCACAGGAACCUCCAGCUGUCUGACGACAACAAGAAGGUGACGGUGGUGAUGGAGGAGCAGCCAUACCCGGAUCACCCAGAGCGCUUCGACCACUGCUGCUGGCAGCUGCUCUGCAAAAAUGGUCUGACUGGGCGGAGCUACUGGGAGGUGAAGAGGGAGGGGCCCGUCAUCAUGGCCGUCAGCUAUAAACGGCUGAGCAGGAAGGGGCCCACGGCCGACUGCAGGCUGGGCUGGAACGACCAGUGCUGGAGUCUGGUCUGCUCCGACCGGCAGUACUCCUUCUGGCACAACAGGAAGGAGACGGUCUACACGCCGCAGUACGCCUCCCUGCUGUCCCUCAGGGUGGGGGUCUAUGUGGACGUCCCCGCUGGGAUCAUUUCUUUCUACGCCGUCUCCGCCAAUGAAAUGUUCCACCUCCACACCUUCAAGACCUCCUUCACUGCCCCCCUCUACCCGGCUUUCGGCUUCGGCUUCGGGUGUUGGUCCUACAACUCGUCCGUGUCUCUGUGUCAGGUUUAGCCCCGCCCACCGGCCGAGGAAGACGUUUGUCCCACAGAUCUCCUACUUUCUGAUUGAUUUUGUAAAAGCGUUUUGUCCCUUUGUGAGUUUUCUCAGUGGAAAAGUUCAUUUAGUUCAGUUAAGUUUAAAGAUAAAUUAAUGUGGGUGGAGGGAAGGAGGUGGGGGGGUUACGUUGAGCUGAAUUAAAACCGUUUUUGUAUCUAAUGAUCUCUAAAAUUUUACAAGAAG